AAAAAAAGUCUUAGUAAAAAUCGUUUACGUUUAAAGUUGAUUUUUUUAUGGUUUGUUUUUAAGAUCUUUGCGAUUGCUAGCGCAAGUGACUUGUAAUCGGGAACCAAAAUUUUUUCUUUCCUUUUUUUGUAAACGCUAACCAAAGGUUUUACUUUCGAAAUUACUAGGUCUACUAUUAAAGAGUGUACCUUGAAAUCUGAAGGUUUUAGUUUUUCGAUACGCUUAGAAGUUUGCCUUUUUUUCUGGGAAAAUGUGAAUAGCCGGACCACCGUUUGUCUGCUUAGUUUUCGCGAUCUUCCUUUGCAACGCUUGGACUAUUCAUAAUGUCGGUCUCAAGUUUCACUGUAAUUGGAGGUGUUUCUGUAGUUUUAAAUUUAUCGAUUUCAGUUUUCUAUGGCAACAAUUUUGGUCAGGCUCCGUGAAAGUCUACCCAAGUUUUGUUGGCUUGUCUUCUGCUCUGAUAAUGGGCUUUGAAAGUUUUUUUAACGCUUUAGAUAGUGUUUCCCCGAUUUUUUGUUUUUUAAUUGAACAUCAUUCGAGAAAACGUUUAAAAUUUUUGUAUAGGUUUUUUGUUGAAAAAAAAACUCGACUUAGUGACCGCCUUCUCAUUUUCUAUCUGCUCUAGCUUUCAAUGCUUUGUUCAGGUUGUUAUCGAACGAACAGGUUGUUUGAAAGUCCCCUGAAUAAGCGACUUCGUCCAAAUUUUUAAAAAAUGUUAUGCUCUAGGGAAAAUUCUAAAUUACCAAAAAAAAAUUCUAAUAUAUUUCACUAGAGAAACAUUUAAAGUUUCAGGUAAAGUUCAGUUUUUUAGAUUACCAAUUUCAUCUCGCAUCAGUGCAACAUAAUCAAAAAUUAUCAAAGUUUCAUUCUGAAUUUGCUUGGGAGUUUCAGAAAUAUCUCUUUUUAAGUAAGUAUGGAUCCAGUCGCCGAAGUUUUCAAGCCUGCAGACGUUGAGGCGAAAGUACUCGAGUAUGAGCGAUACAUAAAUGAUGUUUUGAAACGAGAUCUCCAGAAAACUUUGCAACAACUUGACACAAUCCACAUGGAGUGCAUAGAAUACAUGAACACAAAAGCGGUGAUUGACUCUGUAAUCGAAAACGGAAUAGGAUCCAAUCUGAAGACAAAGUACGACCUCGGCUGCAACUUUUACGUGACUGCUAAAAUACCCGACACUUCAAUGGUGUUUGUGAGAAUAGGAUUGGGAAUAUAUUUAGAAUACACGUUACCAGAAGCCACAGAGUUCAUCCAAGGUCAAAUCGAGAAACUAGAAAGUGGGGCAAAAGAGUUGGACGAGAAGAUAGUGAAGAUUCGUGCUUUCAUCAAGUUGACUUUAGAAGCUCUUCGAGAACUGCAGGGGAUUUCAGCUGAUCCAGAGAAAGAGAGGCGAGAGUUUGUGCUGUGAUAAUUGGACCCAGACUGAUCGCUGACUGAUCAAACCCGAGCUAGACUUAACGCAUUAUCUAUCAGCAGCGAGAGAGAAAUGUCAACGAAUGGCCUUCGCUUUUAAGGCAAGGAAGUCGUUCUGCUUAAGUGUGUUGAGAUUAAGUUCUGCUUAAGUGUGUUGAGAUUAAGUUCUGCUUAAGUGUGUUGAGAUUAAAAUGCGUUACUGGAAAAGAAAAACAUUUGAUUGGGAUUGCACAUAUUCUUCAGUUUUGAUGUCGAAAGUUAAGUGUUGAUGUUUUUUCGAGUAAAUUGAUUUUCGAAAAGAAUGCUUUUUUAGCUUAUGAAAAGAAUGCUUGCGAGGCUCGACAAACUGUAUGAUUUUUGAACGGUAUUUUGCCCAACGCUUCAUUAGUUUUAGCUGAUUCUACAACUUAUCUGGUUAGCUUGCAAAAAAAUUACUGUGCAUACCACAGAUCAGGGGCGCAUCUAGGAUUUUCUCGAGAGGGUGGGGGUGGUGGCAGAUUUUCAAAAAUUUUGUCGACCUUUUUUUAGGUCGACCAAAUUGAUUUUUCUAGCUCUCUCAAAGCACUAAAAAGUCCUUGUUUUGGCCUAACUUUCUGCGCCGCAGCCAAAGUUUUGAAAAAAUAGGCCAAAAAAAG